AAUUCUUUGGCACUUCCUCUCUUCUUCUCUUCAACUUCCCUUCUAAUGCUUUAUCCUUAUUAAGCCCCUUUCUUCCUUUCUCCAAUUUCACUUCAUCUCUACUCUCUGUUCUCUUUCUCUCUCUCUCUUUCUAUAAUGGCUAGAACCCAACAAAAAGAAACCUUCGUAGGCACCCCUUACUCGCCAAUAAUGGAGCACGAACAAGAAGGCCUUGAUCAUCUUGAUGACUACUCAACCAGUGGGUGCAACUGCUUUCAUUUCUUCUCCUUCAGAUGGGAACAAAACCAUGGGAAUGAACACGGACAUUUAUUGGGAGAGCAAAGAGAAACAUGGGUGGUAAAGAAACUGAAGAAAGUGAAGGAGGUUUCAGAAGUAGUUGCAGGGCCGAGAUGGAAGACUUUCAUCAGAAAGAUUAGUGCAUAUAUCAAGAAAAUGAAGAGACAUAAGAAUAACAAUAAUCAGUUCCAAUAUGACCCAGAAAGCUAUGCUCUCAACUUUGACGGUGACAGGGAAGAAGAUGAUUUGCUUGUUCCUAUUUUCUCUUCAAGGUUUUCUGUUCCUCCUUCUGCUGAUCAACAACGUCAAAAUGGGUUGUGAGUGAUUGUUCAUGUUUCUAGAUUUACAGUUGUUGUUAAUCCUUCAUUUCUUCAUUAAAUCAGUAUGUAAACGGAAUUGGCGAUCACCAUUAGCUUUUUCUUUUUCUUUUUCUUGCCUUGUUAUAGGUUGGUCUUUUGGUUUAAAUGAAUCAUACAUUAUGAAAAUUGCUUAAA